AUGUUUGCGAUGAUGCCUCUCUUGCAAAGGCCUGGCAGCGGUCUGGAUGUGAUCAGGGGGGGUUGCUUGAAGCUCCAAGUUUGCCGAAAUCUCAACCAAAUCUCGACCGCAUCGCUGGAUAGUCGCACAUGUAUGACGUGUCGGCGAGAAUUUUCGUCGAGAAACCAGCUCAUGCGUCACCUUCAAAGCCUUGGUCACUAUGGGGAGCAAGGUGAAGAGAACCUGUCUGGAAUAAAGGCAGCGGAGGAAGGUGAUGGUGCGGGAAAGGAGAAACAUGAACAAUCUGACUUUGCUAACCGAGUCAGGCGCAAAGCAUGGGAACUGUACUACCAAGACCUCCCAAAGUUCGAACAGAUCAAGGAACUCAUGCAGACCUUUGUGCCGUACUGCUUCCGAACCGUGCCCACAUCACCACUCGCCUCACUGGCACUUGCCAAAUUGCAAGCUGAAACGGUGGUGAAAAGACCUGUAGGACUUGACGAGAGCUAUUGUGACUGCUGGGCACUGGCUGAGAACGCUUCAGAGGAAGGUGUUUGGACCCACCUCCAGGCUGCACAAGAGUCAGGGGCAAUCCAACGGCAAGAGGCUGCAAGCAUGGUGCCUGUGAUGCUAUUGAAGGUUCAGCCUCACCACUUUGUUGCGGACUUGUGUGCUGCACCAGCCUCCAAGACCUUACAGCUCCUGGAUGUUAUGAACCCAGGAGUGAGAACAGGUGAAGUGCCCCAAGGCUUGCUGGUCGUGAACGACGAUAACUGGGGAAGAUGUGCGACAGCCUUGCGACGCACCCACCAGCAUGCAAACUCUUCGCAUUUGAUGUGGCUUUGCGGCGAUGCGCGAGAGUUCCCGACUCUACAUGAUCAUUCGGAUGGCCGCGUCCGCGGAGCCCGAAAGAUCCGCUUUGAUCGAGUCCUUUGUGAUGUCCCUUGCUCAGGUGAUGGACGCUUACGCCGCAGUCCGAGUGGUUGGACAUCUUGGCAUCCGCGCUAUAUGCUACAGAUGCACUAUGUGCAGAGUGCGAUUUUGAAGCGUGGUCUGACCAUCUUAAAGCCUCAGGGGUGUUUGGUGUAUUCUACGUGCAGCAUGUCUCCGAUUGAGAAUGAGGCAGUUGUGGCUGCCGCUUUGGAAAAGUUUGGGUGCCAGGUGCGCUUAGUUGCAGUGGAGCAGUGGAGCCAUGCGCAGGGGCUCUCAACAUGGAAAGUGCCGGCACCUGACUUCCAGAACUUCCGGUCCUUCUCGAAGGAAGAGGUUGACGAAGAACACGAGGAACUCUGGUGUCGAAACGGGGGCCCUCUCGCCCCAACGAUGUUUCCGCCCAAAGAUCCAGAGAUCCGGGCUGCACUCUGCCAUUGUAUUCGCAUCAGCCCUACGCAUGGCGAUUUUGGGGGCUUUUUCUGCGCACUGUUCGAAAAGUUGACCCCAGGGCCUGCAACGCUGCCUCCAGCGCUGGGCGCGUCAAGAGCUGGAGAAGCACCGCGAAAAGCACAAGAUGCGCCUUGA